CAUUUUUAUCUCCCAAUUUGAAACAAUGACGUUGCUGUCAAACAUUUCACACUUCUAGUGCGCGCAGUCAUCGGGUUGUACGGAAAAACAGCUCCUACAAGCUUUGAAAUACAGUUUAAGUAGUUUCUAAUUGCAUAAAAAUGUUGAUCAAAGUCAAGACACUAACCGGCAAGGAGAUCGAAAUCGAUAUCGAGCCCACGGACAAGGUUGAUCGGAUCAAAGAACGGGUCGAAGAGAAAGAAGGAAUUCCGCCGCAACAGCAACGUCUCAUCUUUUCCGGCAAACAAAUGAAUGAUGACAAAACCGCCGCCGACUACAAAGUGCAAGGUGGUUCCGUCCUGCAUUUGGUCUUAGCUCUUCGUGGAGGCGCACAGCAACGACAAUAGACACACAUUCGCGAGCUACUCGUCACAUUAUUAUUUUUUCUGUGUAAGUUCUGUAUAGAAUAUGAACUAAAUUCGAAGAUUUGGUCUUUAUUUUUAAAUCGAAUGUAACAAUAAAUCUGUGAAUUGAAGAGAUGA